AGCCCUCUCACCAUGGCCUCGUUCAAGGAAUUGUCUCUCUCGCGUCCCCUCAACCCCAACCAGCGUUCCCACGCACACUCCAUUUCACUCGGUGCCGUCAAUGCCAAUCAUCGCGUCACCCGCAGAAAGAGUGUCACCACCUCGACUGCCAAUGCCGUGGCCGCGAUCGCGGCGUCGAUGAAGGAGGGCGGAGAGUCCUUGUCGCUCCCUAUGGCCGCGCACCGCCGCAGCCUCGGGGGCCGCAAGGGAGUGGAUUCCGCUUCAGUGGGAAGUCCGUCCGGCUAUGCUUCAUACCUGUCUCGUAGCGUCAACAGCCCCAGCCAAGAGCCUGUGCCUCGCAAAUCCUCGCCGAGCACCUCCGAAGCGGACGGCAAGUCCAUUCUCAAGGGUCGCAACCGCCGAUCCAGCGAAGCUGGUUUGAUGAAGAGCGAUGGGAAACGCAAUCCGGCGGACCUCCGCUGUGAUCGUUGUGGGAAAGGGUACAAGCAUGGCAGCUGCUUGUCCAAGCAUAUGUGGGAACACGACCCAGCCUGGAACAUUACCUCGAAACUUCUCAUCUCCAAGCACCAGCAGGUCCAGCUGCUCGAGGCGGCCUCCGUGCUGGUGAACAUGAACAUUGACGAGGAGCCCGAAGAGUCCCCCGAGGCCGACUCGGAACUCUCCUCUGGCUCUCCCGGCGCCUUGUCAGAAGUCCGUGAUGGCAUCAGCUCGGCCGAGACGACGCCGCCCCCGCUGGACGAGGAAGAGGACGAUGACUUUGAGAUGUCCGGCAUGCCGGCCAACUGGACGAAGCGCCCGAGCAUCAGCAACGCCUCGGCCUUUUCCCGAUCUUACCAGUCGAUUCCCUCCAGCUCCUAUAACGAGAGCGCUCCUCUCCACUCCCCUGCCUUCUCCCACUUCCGCAAGUCGAGCGUCGAUACCCGUCCCUCCACCGCGGAUACACGGCUGCACGAGGAUGAUGAGGCUGAUUUAGCCGCUGCCAUCGGAUUGUGCAACUUUGGUACUCCUCGGACCAACCCCGUGGCUAACACUCCCGAUGUGCCACCUGUACCUCCAUUGCCGGCUCGCUACUUGGAUUCGAGCAGCCACCAAAGCUCUGGCCUGGCACAACCUAGCGCUAUGAGCGAGGCCCUUCGCCGCGAAUCCAACGCCGAACUCUUCCUCUCCGCCUCUCUCAACCCGUCGCAAUCUUACAAGGUGUCAGAUCUACGCGGAGCACGAGGCGGCCAAGCCACGGCUCAGGAGACCCGCCAACGUCGCAACGCCGAUGUGGACUUUGGCAGCCGCACAUCUCCCACCGACGACGAUGACGACGGUGUCUUCGGCCGCAUGGAGGAAUAA